UUAUUACUUUGUAGUACUUGUUUUGUGUUUGCUAAUUGGAGACAAUUAAUCUCUAUCUUCAUUAUACAAACAUUUGUCAUUAAUGGAACCGACCUGAGAUCAGUUAAAUCCUAUAAGACACUGGUUUAUGGGCUCACUUUAUCAGCGGUGAACCACUGACAUUUUGAAAUGGAAUCACCUAAGGAAGAUUCGCUUGCUGAAAUCAAUUAUACUGAAUGCAAUGUAAAUGUGUAUAUAUAUUUCUCUCUUUCUAUAGAAAAGUGUUAAAUGACUAUAUUUUGUGUGCUGUGGAGAAGAAAAACACAGAGGAGAUGAAUAACUCUACAGUGAACUUCACCACACCUGAAACAUCUACAAACUCCACAACUCAGUCCUUUGGGCCACUGCAGAUUUUGGAAAUGUGUCUGCACAGCAUCAGUUUUGUGUUUGGUCUUCCGACACACACAUUUGUUACAUGGUUCAUCAUGACAAGAACAGCAAGUGGAUUUGCAUUAGAGUUUUUCUUCCUCAAUCUCUCUGUUUCUGAGAUUGGUAACUGUCUGAAUAGUUUGAUCAAUCUACAGUUAUUUUGGUAUUCAGGCCUCUCAACAUUAAAAAAUUGUUUAACAGGACUAACUAUCACUGGCCGUCCUCUGUUUCAGUGUCUGAUCUGUGUUGAGCAUUACCUGGCAGUGGUUCAUCCUGUAACCUUUCUGAAGUACAAACCUCUCAGAUAUAGAGUGAUCUGCUGCACUGCGGCCUGGAUAAUCACUCUUGGAUCCUGCUUGAGUUGCAUGUUUAUAGUUUCACUAUACAUUGUAUAUCUGUGGUUUCUCUCGCUGCAGUUUUUACUCUUUGUCUCCAUCCAGUUGUUUUGUCUUGUGGCUGUUCUCAGAGCUCUGAAGCAGUCAGGACCAGGAGAGAGAGGGAGAAAGAGAAAGGAAGAAAACAACACGAAGAGAAGAGCAUUUUAUCUCAUUCUAAUAACUACUGCAACCAUGGUUAUCAUAUAUGUGCCACUUACUCUCACAGCGUUAUAUACCAUUCUGACAAAUCUGAUUAUUCAGGAAGUUUGGUUUCCUUCUGUGAUUUGUUAUGUGUUGGCUGGUUUUGUUCAGCCUGUUCUUUAUCUGCACCGGACUGGAAAACUCUCCUGUCUCUUUUCUCCAUAAAACCAGCUAAUGCUAUUAUUUUACUUUUCAAAUCUAGGGAUUAGGGUGUCCUUCAAAUGUACUUACUGUAUAUCAACCUGAUACCUUUCAAACUCAACAACACAACAACCUGUACACUUUGACUGACUUCUAAAAAAUGC